AUGGAACACGCAAACAAUAUGGACGGCAGUUUCUUCGUUGCAGAGUUGCUGGAGUUAAUCCUCCUGCACCUCGACAUGAAGAAGCUGCUUGUCUCUGCAUCCCGUGUGUGUCGUUACUGGGCCACAACGAUAGCAGACUCGCCGAAGAUACAGCAAGCGCUGUUCUUUCAGCCUGUAUCUUCAGCCGGGGCAGGACGACCUGAGUCAUUUACAUUCAACCCAUUGCUAGUUGAGAAGUUUGGGAGGUGCUUCUUCGAUAUAGAAGGCAAGUACACAUACAGUCGAAGAGCAUACUCGUUUCUUCGACUACCUUGGGCUCCCGAGGGCGCGAUUGCAAAGCAGGGUCCACCAGGGAGCUUGACGUUGGAAAAGUCGAAACGUCUUGAGAUUUUGACCAGGAGCAGUUCCAGUUGGCGACGGAUGCUUGUAUCCCAACCGCCACCGCCAUCUUUGGGAUACGUGAGGUACGACGAUGUUGAUAGAUGGUUCCGUGAAAGCCAUAGUACGCAAAUCGAGCCGAGCUCUCUUCGGCAUGGUGCACAGCACGAUUUGUGA